AUGUCAAAAAUACCAAUUAAGCUACAAGCUACAAUCAAUUCAAUAACUCCAUUAUAUUUUGAUAUUAUCUCAUUUUCAGAGCUCACUAAUGGAGAUCAUGGCACUGAAAGUUUGCCUGAUGCAACUCUUCAGCGUUUUAAGUUUAAGUGGCCUUCCUUUGGGAAAUCUCCAAAAAACUCUCCUAAAAGUAGCCUUUCUCGUAGCCCUCAACCUAAGCGGCAACAGCCGUCGCCACUACCACCACCUUCUCCAUCACCUCCAUCACCUUCUCCACCACCUCCAUCGCCGUCACCUCCACCACCACCGUCGCCGUCACCACCACCGCCUUCUCCACCAGCUGAUGAUAUGGCACCAUCUCCAUCACCAGUUGCGGCACCGAUACCACCAGAUAUGCUGUUGCGGCCCUCAGCUCGUCUCGCUGGAAAUAUGGUCAUUUCUGGCCUUCAUUAA